AGGGCGGUAGGUGUCAUGCGCAGUGGGGCUGCGCUGCUGGAGAAGGAGAUGCAGUUUGCACUGCCGCCUGCAGAGACAGUGCACGGAAGACUCUUUAAGGCUUUCUGUGUGACGGUUUUCCUGAGUGUGUUGAUGUUCCCACUGCUGAGGAUUGUGGGAUUGAGAGCUUUCUCCAUGGCAAGUGAAGCGUAUUCCACCGGUAUGCACUCUGCAGCCUUCGUCACCUGCCCCAAUGAAACGGUGGCUAAAGACCUGGCCAGAGGUAUUGUGGAGAAGAAGCUGGCAGCCUGUGUAAACAUCCUACCCAAAAUCACAUCAGUAUAUGAGUGGCAGGGAAAGAUUGAAGAAGACAAUGAACUCUUGCUGAUGAUUAAGACAAGAACUACGAAGAUCCCCGCUCUGGCUGAAUAUGUUAGGUCCAAUCAUCCGUAUGAAGUGGCUGAAGUCAUCAGUUUUCCCAUUGACCAGGGAAACCCACCCUACCUGAAGUGGAUUGGAGACGCCGUGCCGGAAUAAACAGGCAGAAUCACGACCCUUCCUCAGCCCUGCCCAGUUCCACAGUUCUAUUGUGAACAUUUCUAAUGUGAAAUUUGCAAAGUACAAAGUUGGGUACACUGUCAGCACUGACUAUAUGUUUAAAGAAUGAGUAGUUGAGUUCUGUUUUCCACCUAAAUUGUGCUGCUUGCAAGUCUUGUUUAAAUCCAGAAUAACCUCAAAUCCCUAAAUCACAUGUUUUGGAUAUUGCAGUUUCAGCUGUAAUGCUACAUGAGAAUGUAUACAAAUGUAAAAAAUUAUCAUAGCAUCUGCCAGGAUUAGCAUGUAAUGUUGUGUAAAUGUCACACAAAAAUGUCCUUCUUUGACAUAAUGUCAAUCUGGCUGCUGUUGUUUAUGUUGCAUAAAACAAUUCAUUAUGAUUUUCUUUACACUGACUUCUGUUGAAAGUGAGGAUGUUUUUUUUUUUAUCCAACUUCAUCCAAUAAAGUUGCCAUUUUGGAGAUUUUGUUUA